GGGGAAGCUGAGGGGGGAAAGCCGUGGAAUGGCGGACGGUUGGGACGGUUCGUUUCGGUGGUGAAGAGCGGAGUGGAAGCGGAUCGGAGAAGACGGCCGUUAGGCGGUUGGACAGCUCAUAAACACAUGGCUGGGUUCUUCCAACAGAGUGCAAAUUCUAGAAGAGAAAUAUCAGUGUCUUUUGAAGAUGAAUGGCAUGAGCAUACAGGCACUUUAAUACUUGGAUUGCUGAAAAUUGAAUGAACCCUGUUUGAAGCUGAUCCACCAUGCCAUUAGUAACAAGAAAUAUCGAGCCAAGGCACCUGUGCCGCCAGACAUUGCCCAGUGUUCGGAAUGAGCUGGAAUGUGCGACCAACAUCACCCUGGCAAAUGUCAUUCGACAGCUGGGCAGCUUGAGUAAAUUUGCAGAGGACAUAUUUAGAGAGCUGGUUACACAAGCAACCACAUAUGCUGUUCGAGUCACCUCUUUAGUUGAGAGAGUUGAUCGCCUUCAGGUGAAAGUUACUCAGUUGGAUCCCAAAGAGGAAGAAGUGUCCUUGCAAGGUAUUAAUACCAGGAAAGCCUUCAAGAGCUCCACAACUCAGGACCAAAAGCUCUUUGAGAGAGAAUCUGCCCCCCUGCCUGUCCUUGAAACAUACAGCACUUGUAAUAAACCGCCCCCUCUUAACAUUCUAUCCUCAUACAGGGACGAUGGCAAAGAAGCACUUAAAUUCUACACUGAUCCAUCAUAUUUCUUUGAUCUUUGGAAGGAGAAAAUGCUGCAGGAUACCAAGGAUAUCAUGAAAGAGAGACGGAAGCAUAGGAAAGAAAAGAAGGAUAAUCCUAACAGAGGAAAUGUAAACCCUCGGAAGAUAAAAAGCCGAAAAGAAGAAUGGGAAAAAAUGAAAAUGGGUCAAGAGUUUGUCGAUACAAGAGAAAAACAUGGACUGGGAGGGUACCCUCCUAACAUGGUGUAUCAGAAUGGUAGCAUUGGUUCCAAUGAGAGUGUUGAUGCUGCCUACUAUCCACCUCCUCCACAGCCAGAAUCUGUUUCACCAUCCCCUCCUCCAUUGUCAGAUGAUAGUCUUCCGCCUCCACCAGCAGAAUUUAGCUAUCCACCUAGCCAGAGUGUUUCUGGAGGGCUGAAGAAAUCCAUCCUUGUCAGCCCCAGCCACCCUCCGCCAGAUCCUCCUAUUAGCUCACCCCCGGGGACCAGGCCUGGCUUUGCUCCACCUCCUGCUCCACCCCCUCCACCCCCGAUGGAAGGAGUUCCUCCACCCCCUCCGCUUGCUGGCUUCCAAGCUGCGGUCAUCCCUCCUCCACCAUCUCCACCCUCCUUCCCGCCUCACCCCGACUUCGCUGCCCCUCCACCCCCUCCACCCCCGGCAGCGGAAUAUGCCGUUGUGCCAUCUCCCCUGCUGCCACAGCCCACAAGUGGGGUGCCGCCCCCUCCCCCUCCUCCCCCUCCUCCUGGCCCAUCUCCUUCAUCUUUUGGUGGCGUGGGUAUUCCGGAGGCUUCUAUCCAACAACCCGACUUGGUGCCCUCCAAGCCAAAAUCCUCGUUGCCUGCGGUUAGUGAAGCUCGGAGUGACUUGCUUUCUGCUAUUCGUCAAGGAUUCCAGCUCCGUAAAGUUGAAGAAGAACGUGAACAAGAGAAGCGAGAUGUUGUGGGCAACGAUGUUGCAACCAUCCUCUCACGCCGCAUUGCAGUAGAAUACAGCGAUUCAGAGGAUGAUUCCUCAGAGUUCGAUGAAGACGAGUGGUCUGAUUAACCCCCCCACCCCCCCUGCACAUCCCCAAUUUGGGGAUGGAGGUGGAUAAGAUUGGAGAGAAAAUGGCCAUCACUUCCCAGAAUGUCAAACUUUUUUCUCUUUUUUUUUGGCUUUCCUCUUUUUAUCCAAUAACCAAAGAUUGAUCUUCCAGGCUUCCAAAUAACUGCUUUCCCUCCCAGUUGAUGGGACUUACACAUCCUUCCAAGAAAGAAGGAAAAUGAACCCUAGAUUUCCAGAUUCUCAGGUUACUAUGAAAAUAUAUAUAUAUAUUGUUAAAGAUUUUCUUUGGUUUAGGACUAAAUUUGCAGCUCCUGGCACAACCAGGAAGUGUUGCUUAAAAUGACAGGCAACCAACUUGCAAGUAAUACUAAUUUCCUUUGCAACAGUUAUGUGAGGCAUUGGAAACACUGUAGUAAGCUGGUGAUUCACCUUCUUUGUCCCUCCAGUAGGGUGUAAUUUUACAUUUCUACUCUCACCAGCCCUAACAAUACAUUCUUUAUGCUAAAUUUGGAAUGUAUUAAUUUAGGCUGGAGUUUAAAAAACACUGUACCGUGUACACAACAGGAUCAUCUAAAAAAAAUUUUUAAUCUCUUUCCCCCCUCAGUGCCUGUUAAAUCAUAGAAUGAGCCAGGGAACUACUUAACCCAUAGUACCACUUAAGUUUUUAUAAUGAAGAUGGAAUUUAUGCAAAAUUAGGAAGAAUUUCCCUCCGUGUGUCUUGAAUACAAGAGCUUUAAGCUCUGGAUGUGGUCUUGCUUUGCGAUCAAAAGAUUUGCAGAUUCUCAAUUCAGUAGAAGGUCCUACAUGAAUCAACUUAGCUGUAAGUGCUCUUUUUCUUUUAAUCACAUUAUGCUAAAAGCUGAGAUGUGAUUAAGCCUAUGACCCUUCUCUAGUCACCACAUGGGAGUUUUCAUGGACCAACUUGGCCAUAUGUAAUAUAUGCCCAGUCUUCCUUAUUAUUUUCCUUUUAUAUUUCUUUCUUUCUAGCAAACAUUUAUACAAAUAGCUUUUGGGGGGGGGGAUUCUCUUCGCCAAGAACUAGUAUACAGAAUGUCAAAGGGCAGGCCCCUAAAUUUAUCCAGGCAUCCCACUUACUGGAACAAUGCUAUCACUCUAAUCAGAGUGAUGGUUUAAAUAGGGAACAUGCCUACCUAUUUAUUGGUUUGAAAAUCUUUGCCUUGCCAUAUGCUCUGUUGUUCUUUUCUCACUAGGAUGUGCCUUGUAACAGCUUCUACAUCCCAAAGAGUACUGCUUUCUUGCUUUUAUCCUUACAGACCUUUAUUUCAAGUCCCUGUUUUGUUUUGAAUUUCUGGUUCCAUAGCUAUAUAGCAGAGCUUUUCUUUAGCCAAAGGGAAGGACCAAACUUUCAGAAGUAGGUAGAAAAUUUAAACUAUCCUGAAAAAAUUCAUUUAGUUGGUGGCUUCCUUUGUGGCACUGAACAGCUUUGAGCAUCUGAUUGGAGUGCGUAACGGAUAGGCUGAUGGGUAGUUUGCUCAUGAAUUAUAAAACCUUUCAAAACAGUCUAUAAUAUAAUUUCAAAAAUGACCCUAAGGCUCAUUAGUAACCCAGAAUUAAUAUUCAAGUACUAAGAGUAGUGGCCAGCUUAGAAAGAAAUGACAGAACUUAGCCUGGUUUUUUGAUUUGGUGUUUCAUACACGGCAAAGCCUUUAACUUUGUGUGACUGUGCAUACUAAAUCUUUGUGGAUGGCUUCCUCCUAAUGGAAGCCACAAGAACAUAAAAAGGCCUUCAGGUGUGCAUUCAGAAUGACAACGGUUACCCACACAUGGUGCCAAGAAAACUAUAUGGCUGUGCCAAUGGAAUUAGAGAGCCUCUAUUUCGUAUAACUUUUUUCCUAGCUGUCCCCAUAAAUGAUUUUUUUGUAGAUUGACCAUAUCAGUUUAUAAUCGAUGUGCUGCAUAAGGAUAAUGGGCAUUUUUAAGGUAACGUUUAAACAGGUUUGACCUAAGGUUGACAUCUAAAAGUUUGAAAAAGGUUCUAAUUCUAUGUUCCUUGAGAGGUGGGUGUCCUGUACAAAGAGAGUGAUUUCUCUUGCCAGCUUUUCACAACCUGAUGCCUCUCACUUACAGCUUUUAAAUUGCUUGUCUGUGUUGACUAACAAUUGAAAACACAGGUACUCAAACAUAUCCCCAAAUUCUGAAGCUAGGGUUGAGUUCGGAUGCUAGUUAGUAAAAAGGUUGAAGUUAACUCCUCAAUUGAAAUCCCUCUUACUGCUUUUUUGCACUUUUAAGAUGUCAGACAACCUGCUGGAAAACAAUAAGUUGUUACAUUGAACAUCAUGUUCAAUAGAACAACCCUGAAAAAAAUCAUUUGAGAAACAGAAAGCCAGUCAAACACCUUACUUAGCCAGUUGGGCCCCAAUUAUCAGCCAGGUCAUGGAAUCCUUAGGUGCUGAGUGGCAACCACCCCUCCUCCUCCUCCUCCAGUUUUAAACAGAUCUUCUCCCUGAAUUAAAAUGAAUGAAAUCGUCUCUUUGAGACAUUCAUGCUUGGUGUGAAGCCUCAAAAUAGAUUUGAUUCCAUCUCCAGAAGAUGGCUUUAGUGUCGCUAUUCUGAUUUUAGAAUAGUUAAUUGAACUUAAUUGAAGAUGCUGUACAGAUUUCAUUCUCUGAGUUAGUUGGAGUACUUCAGGUUUUCUUACGGCAAAUUAUCAGCAGGAACAGCUGCUUGGUUCAAUGGAAAGAAUAGGGUGGAGAAGAAAUUCUACUAGAACAAUAGUGCUAUUGCUUGAUUUCUACAGAAAGCCCACCCAUUAUUUUGUUUCCUUUUUUCCCCCCCUUUUGCAUCACAUCAUCUGAGUAAAUUAGUUUUUCAAAUUUCUUUCUUUAAAAUAUAUAUAUACAUAUAUUUUAAGUUCUAGAUUGUGCCACUGGGUCUAAAACCUUUUUUCUGCAAUGCUGGGUCCAAAAUGUUUUCUACAGUCUUUGAAGAUCAACUUCUUCCCUUCUCCAUCAUAGUUGACCACAUUAUGAGGAAGGACCCUUCAAAAUCCCAAGAAGUCGCAAAGCUUUGUGAAGCAGGCAUUUGGGCAGAGAGAGACUUAAAAUAGGCCUCUUGGAUCACACAGCUGGGCAGAAGAGUACUGCGUCCUUUUACCAGACUGCCCGUACUACAGAAACUCUGGGGCCGCCUCUGAUUUCCUUUAUAUGUAUUUUGGGAGGGAGAGAGUGACUUUUUCUUUCCUUGUUGCACCUUUUAACAUGAUUCAGUUUAAUUGAUUUUAAAAACUAACAAUGUUUUAUUAUGUAGAAUAAGUUGACUUCUAUAAGUGCCUUAUUUCAUAAAAUAUAUUUAUGUAAGAGUAAUUAUUUCAAAUGUAUCAUAGGUCAUACCUGAACAGAAAUAUGGAAUGUUGAAGGAAGUCUUCUUUUAACCAGGUUUUCUAAAUGAUCAGUUUGUAAGAAAGAGAUCAAUAGAUUAUACCUUAAUUAACUGCCGGAGGAAAGAAAUGGUUAUGGAUGCAGCUGUUGGUUUUAUCAGUAGAGACCAAGAGCAUAAGAAUAUCAGGCAACAGCCAGCAGGAUGUGAUUCUAGGUGUUUGUCAGUGUAUCCACCAUGCACACUUGGUGAAAAUGAGUGACCACUCCAUGAUAUGCUGAAAGUCUGCUUUACUGUAAACUCGGCCGUUGUGAGAAUUGGCUUUUGGGAUGAAUUCAAAAGUCCUUAAAACCUAAAGCAAAAAGCGCUAUAGUGACCUCAGCCAUGUCUAUGCUAGAGGCCAGUGAUCAUCAGGGUGUUCCAGUACAGCCUGAUGAUCAGUACCAAAUUCUGUCUGGCAGGUCUUGGGUGAAGAAGGAGAAGCACAAUGGAGAUUGGAAUUGUCGCUUCUCUUCCACACUGUCAGGCAGAGUUUGGCUCUUCAUUUUACUGUCCCUAGUUGCCAUUUUUAAUCCAAAUCUUUUAAAAACUACUUUUUUAACUUCUCUAGUUUUGUCUACCUUUCCUUGAGGGACUCCUUGUAAAGUAUAUGUGAUUAAAACAAAACUUUUUACCAUAUAAACUUUAAAGAAAUGAGAAUCCUUUCUAGGCAUUGUGUUAUGUUUAGGGUUGGAUGAAUUGGUCACUUUCUGUGACACUUGGUUAUAACCUGUUACUGCCAUUCACACAAGAUCAUUUUUUCUUGACUAUAUUUCCUGGUGUGUGUACAACUUACAAGUCUGAAUGUAUAUGUGCUUUUUGUACACCCUCUCCCUCACCCUACACAUUGUUAACAGGUGAGAAAUUCACUGGAAAAUUCAGUGCAGCUCAAGGACUGCAGGAUAACAGUUCCAGUUUAUAGGCGUGAAAAAUAUCAUUUAGUAUUGCCUUGCAAAACUUGGUCCUGCUGCUAUUCCUAAUUUUCACUUUCUUUUAAAGGCACUUUUUACCUGCUGCCCUAAAGAUCAGAAGUUACAAUAGUGGUACAGAUGAAUAUUUGUGUGGUGUUUGGCAGCUCUUUUGGUAUCCUUACAUUCCACUUUGGAUGUGCGUGGCUUAGUGGUUCUGGAUACCUCAGUCCACAAACCCUUUGCCCUGGUUUAAAACAUCUGGAAACAUUGAUAAGCUUUCUGGAUAGUCUAUUAGUAUGGCAGAAAUCCUUGAUUUUAGAAAACCGCAAAGGUAGAUGGAAGUGUGCAGGAUAAAUAGGGAUCUGGGCCUUUAGUGGGGUUAUAAAAAAGUCUUUUCCUUGAGAGAAUAUAAUGCUAAGUAUUCAUUUUGUUCUAAAGAUAUUGAAAGGAAUUGCCCAGUAGCUUCCAGUUUUUCUCUCCUGACCACAGAUCAUCAUGUACUCUCAACUUACUGCAAAUUCUUUUGGAGACUCUACUAUAUGUGAAUUUGAUAAGAAUUAUAUGUUCAAAUAUUCUUGCAUAUUGUCACAAGGAUAAAUAAAGAACCCCACUGAUUUUUUUUCCCUGCCAGAAGAAAACGAAUACAUUUUUAGGUGAGUGAAGUUCAUUAGACCUGGAGAUAAACGCAGCUUAAGAUGUAGAAACUCUAGAAGACUUCUUGAUGCCACAAAUAGAAGCUGAGCAUAUCCUGGAAAUUAUAACUUCAAGAUCUAGUUUUCUGCCUCAGCCCUACACUUUACAACCAUAAUUGAGUCUGGCAAUUAAGGUGAUGUCAUGACAGUUGUAAAGUGGGUCAUUAUGUGAUCGACUCGAUUUUGUGAACUUUUCGGGUGGUUAAGUAAAUUGUCCAGGAUAAGCGAGUGUUGCAAUUCAGUGAAUGCCAUGAUCAUUAAUCUUGUUAUUCGCUGUAGGCCAGUUUCUGGCAAAAUGUAAGUCGCAGUCUCAUCAUGCUGAAAAUGGCUGUAAUUGUGGGACAGUUGCAGAGUGCCCAAGUGAAGUCACGUGACUAGGAACUUUAGAACCAGGUGAUAAAUAGCUUUGGAGGAUCUAUCAAACUUGGCAACUUUAAGACUUGUGGACUUCAACUCCCAGAAUUCUGACUGGAGAAUUCUGGGAGUUGAAGUCCACAGGUCUUAAAAUUGCCAAGUUUGGGGACCCCUGGUCUAUCAAACUUACAAUGGUCAUUAAGUAACUGGUUGGAAGUUGAGUACUACUUGCAAUAGAAUUGUUUUCUGCAUGUUUCCAUUUAGACUGAGAUUCCUCAUGCCCUUUCCCAGUGUUUUGUUCAAAAUAUAAUUGCUUGUCUUUCAAUCUUGUAUAAGCAUGAUAAUGGGACAUACAAGCUUAUUGAAAUGAAGCCAUGGGGUAUCUAACUUAAUAUCUGAUGUCUUAACAUGAUCAGCCUUCUAUAUCUGGACAGGUUACCAUCAAAAACCUUUGUCAUGUGAAGCGGUAGUAAAUAAUGCAGUUUGAAUGCUUAAAGAAUUACUGUAUUACUUUCCCCAGAUUUGCCAUAUUUAACUUCAAAGGGUAACUUAUUCUAGUGUAAUUGGGGGCAAGAAGGAAAAAUAUCCAUUUUUGUUUUAUUUCUUCCAUGCCUUUUCUCUCUCAAAUUAAAAAAA